AUGGUCUCAGCGUCGACCAUUCUAUUGCCGCUUCAUCUCGCGGACCUGGACGGCAACGCGCAUGUUGAGACUAUUAAAUUGUUCGAACUGAGAUCAAACUGUGGCAUCAAUAUUCCACCAUCGUACAAAGACAUUCGUCGUGAUGAGGUUCCCAGCCCCUCUCCCAGCCAUUUUAAAAUUGCCCUGCGAUUUUCCGGCUGCCCAUCAACAUACCUAUCGUUUCUGGACUAUGACAAAACUGUUGACGCUCAAAUACUGUAUUUGUUGAUUCCCUACCAUCCCCUGGAAAUUUUCCUCCUCACACUCACCACUUUCGACCUCACCAACGAGGGCUCUUCAAUUCCAUCUCUAUACAUAGACCUAGAAGGCUCCAAACUUUCUCGGUACGGUACAAUCUCCCUCCUCACACUCUUCCUCUUCCCAAACAACUCAACAUAUCUCAUCGACAUCACAACCCUCGGCACCCUCGCAUUUACCACAGCAUCACCAACACAUCCUGACACAACAUUCAAGUUAAUCCUCGAAGAUGCAUCCAUCUCAAAAGUCUUCUUCGAUGUCCGCAACGACUCCGACGCUCUUUACUCCCACUUCCAAAUCUCCCUCGCCGGCAUAAUCGACCUCCAACUCCUCGAGCUCGGCUCCCGCACCGACGGUCUCGAUCACAAACGCACCGUCAGAGGUCUAGCCCGCUGUAUCAAGACACACGCUCAACUGACUCCAGCUGAGAAAGAAAAGCUGGGAAGCAGUGAAGGAUAA